AUGCCUGCACCCGGUGACCAGUGGAAGGACAAUAAGUUCACCAACCCGUACGAAGAGCAAAAGCAACAUGUCAAUGAAUACACGGCCCAGGAGAUAGCCACCUUGCAGAGUCGACUGGACAAGCAACUCGGCCCAGAAUAUAUCUCAACACGUCCCGGAAAUGGAGGAGGCAAGGUACACUACCUCGCUGCUGAGAAGGUCAUCAACCUCGCCAACGAGGUCUUUGGCUUCAACGGAUGGAGCAGUGCUAUCAGGGACGUCCAAAUCGACUUUUGCGACGAGAGUCCGACAACGGGAAAGAUCAACUUGGGCCUUUCUACCAUCGUGCGCGUUUCUUUGAAGGACGGCACAUUCCAUGAGGAUAUUGGUUAUGGUCACAUCGAGAACUGCAAAGGCAAAGCAGCUGCCUUCGAGAAAGCAAAGAAGGAAGCCGUGACCGACGCAUUGAAACGAUCAUUACGCAACUUUGGAAACGUCCUGGGCAAUUGCUUAUACGACAAGGACUAUCUUCAGAGAGUGACGAAGGUUAGAGUUGCGCCGUCUAAAUGGGAUGCCGACAAUCUACAUCGUCACCCAGAUUACGCUCCCAUCAAGAAAGAAGCCCUCGCAGCCCCAUCGACCUCCACAACCGUCGCUGUAGCGCCGCCAGCACGCAUGCCUAGUGCUCAAUCAAACACUUCAGAAUUCGAGGAUGAGUUUGGAGGAAAUUUGUUUGAUGAGGUGGACUUCAGCCAUCCUGAUGAGGUACAUUUGGACAACUCUGUUACAGAAGUCUCUGUUGAGACACCAAUCCGACCCCCUGCCAACUCUGUUUCAGCACAAGCCAUGAAUCGCCAGCAACCGAACAGGGUAGCAUCCAUGCCCAACGUCCGCCAGUUCUCUGCUGCUCCUCAGAACGGCCAACAGAAUGGCCAGCAAGCACGACCUCAGCCAACAUCACAGACCUUUAAGAACACGAACAAUCAACCGCCGACUCGCAUGAUGCCUCCUCCUCAACAAGCCAACGGCAACAACCAGAAUGGCUUUCGCUCAAAUCCAUCCUCAGCGUCAGAGUCAACGACUACCAACGGUAGACAGAGCACACCUCCCGAGUCAGUAGUCACACCUUCGCAAGUGCCAGCACAUGUACCAUCUGGCUUUGUCUCAGGGGCUGCAGCUUCUGCUCUGGUCCAACCUCCCGAGGCAGGUGCUGUGCCUCCAAUCAAACUGUUCGAUCCGCAUCACGAAAGUCCCUCGAUCAGACGUACACAAGGAAUUGAUCCCCGCAAGUCGGCACCGAUCAAGCGCUCUGAAGUUGGCGCUCCCACUGUACCAAUACCAAAUCCGAAACCCAUGAUGAAUGGAGCAGCCCCUGCUAACAGAUCAAACUUCGUCAAUCCUGCAAUGGAUGCCAGUCGACGUAUUGGCAUGCCAGGCGGAAUGCAGCAGAGUCCCUUGGCAAAUAGAAGUGCCUACAAGCCUCCUGCAAUGAAGAGGCCAUUACCAGCAGAAAAUGCUGCUAGCAGACCACCACUCGCCGACAUGAGUAAUGUUCAGCAAACCGAUGGGGCUAGUGAUUCCAAGAAGCCGAAGCUUGAUGUUGUGUCAGAGCCACAACAAGCCAGUGGAGAGACGCAAGCUGUGGCUUGA